CUUCAGGUGUCUGUACACUGGAUCGCCGGGACAGGUUCCGCUCUCCCGUCUGUCUUUCGACACUUGUCAACUACCAUUCUGCUUUUUGGAUUUUUUGCGUGUGCCUCACACUCUGCGUGUGACUCAUUCUCAGCUUCACUGAGAGCUGCGUUGUCCUCUCGGCUCGUCCGCUUUUCCUCGCUGUCCCUUUCUCCCGUCUCUCUGUCUCCGUUUCUGAUCGACUGUCGCUGGCCGCGCUCUUCUUUCGCCCUCACUCUUUCUCAUGGAUUCCCUCUGGGACCUCUCUGAGGGUCCAGGCGUUUCCGCAGAAAGUUCUUCAACUCGCCGGCAGGGAACGCCUGAAAGACGCCGGAGUUCUCUCUCUUUUUUGGCACCUGAGGAUGCAGACGGGAGCGCUCGCCCGCUCGUGCCUGCCCGCAGCGAGCCUUCGCUCUCGGCCCUGUCGUGUGUGGCAAAUCCGCCACCUCGAGAUGAGGCCCCGGCGUCUCCUCUUCCCCAGUGGUGGACAUCCCUCGAGUCUGCUGCUCUUGCAGCUGCGUCUCCUGCGCCCGGCCUCUCCGCGGGUUCGCCGGAGUCUUCUCCCGGACUGCCCCUCGCUCGUCGGCACUCCUCUCCACACGCUCCCGCCAGUUCUCACUCGUCUACGAAAACUCACUUCUGUCUCGCCGACACGGAGGAAAAAGAGCUUCUUCGAUCGCCUCCAGCUGCUUCUCCUACUACUCCUACUUCUCCGUUGUCUCGCUCUUCUUUUCCGUCUUCUCUCUCUUUUUCUCCGUCGUCUCUCUCUCCCUCUUCUCGUCCGUCUUCUCCUUCCCUCUCUUCUGCGCCUGCCGCGUCAGUGGAUCUAGAGCCAGACACAUUUUCUGCGCGCCCCAGGGCCGCCUUCUUCUCCUCGCCUCUCGUGUAUGCGUCGCCCCGCGGGGGGGACUCGCGCGGCCUGGAACCGCCGCCCAGCGAAGGCGGUCGCGCCGGCGGGCCAACCACGCCUGUGCAGGGACGCCCAGAGGGCGCGGCACCGGCGAUCUUGCUGCCGCACCUGGGGAAGGCUGCGUCCGGCGUCUCCGCACAGGCGAAUUCCCAGGCUCUGAGCUCGUCUCGCGGAGACAGUCGGUCGAGCGGACCCGUGUCUGGCACUCUGUCUCCGCUCACUCUGCCGGCCCCGCCGCUGUCUCCUCUGUCUCCUGUCUCCGCGGGUGCGUCGGUCUCGUACCUGCACUCGCCGCUGAUCUCCCUGCCGCCGCCGGCGGGUGCGGCGGCGACGACAGCUCUCGCCCUGGGGGCCUUCCCGGUAAUCGCCCAGGUGACCGACGGCGUCGUGCUCUUCCCCGCAUACUCUCCGCCCCCCUGGGUGCAGGCCUUCGAGCUGGCGCGCUGGCGAUUCGGCGACGCGGACGACCGACAGGCCUGGACCGUGAAGCAGAUGCGCUUCGUCCUCGACAACCGGCUGUUCCCGCUCCCGACCGACGCGGCGGUGACUCCCAGUGAGACGAAAACGCAGGACACCCUCUCUCUCCCGGCUAGCCUCGACGCCGCGACGACUGCCGCCUCGCAGAGAGAUCUGCUCAUCUCCGCGACUCCAGACGGCGUCAAGGAGGACUUGACGGCACGGGCGCCAGGGGACCCAGCGCCCGGAGACACUUUGGCUGGAGACACUUUGGCCGGAGGGGCGUCGUCGCCCUCGGGUUUGAGGAGGCGGCCUGCGCCGGUGGUGGUCGUGGAGUUUGGCUCCGCGCAGUCGCCGAGUGCGGCGAGCCUGGAGACGGCGGUCGCAACGCUGGAGGCGUACUUUCGCGGAGACAAGCCGGGGCCCGGGCCAGUGGGGGGAGAGCGGGAGCGCCGGCACUCUUUUUCCUUCAGUCCGCGAGUCGGUGCGACGCACGCAGGCGGGGGUGGGUCCGCCGGAAGCCUCUUCUCGCUGGGGUACGGCGGGAAUCCUUUGGUGCGGCGCCGGAGCUCGAGCAACCUCGACGCUGGGGACUUGCGGGGCGAGAAGAAGGGCGAGGCGAGUGUCGUCGGAUCGAGCGCGCUGCCAGCGUUCUCGUGUUCGAGCCCGGAAGUCGUGUACAGCGCGCUGAAGAGCGCGAUUCGCUUCGGCGUCCCCGACGGACUGAAGAAAACCAUUUGGCUCGUGGCGAAUAACGCCUGGGAGUUCCUCAAAGGCCAUCCGCAGCUGUACAAGAACGCGUUGCAGCAGACCUUCGGAGACAAAGUCCCGGCAACACUCAAGGGCAAGUGCCCGACUUUCUCUGCGGGGGUGCUCGGGCUCCAAGAGGACAUCUCGGGCAAGCAGACCCGGCUGAAAGACUUUGAGUUCGAGACAGACACCCCCCUCGCGGCCUGGCGGGCCAGCGGCUGUGGAGACGAGGCCCUCAGCCGCGGAGAGUUCUUCGCCGACCUGACCGAGUCCACCGCCGACCUCCUCAGGAACUGGUUUGCCCUCACGCCCCGCCACGGACCCGCUGACGGACACCACGGGCCCCAGGCCGCGCCGGGGGCGACGCCGCGGUGGCUGGCGUUGCUCAAGGGCCGGCGCCAGAAGCUGGGAAGCAAUCCGCUCGGCCAGGCAAUUCGCAACGACCUGAACUUCUGGCCCGCGCCGCCGAGCCCUUUGGGGGAGCCGGGCCUCCGCGGGAGGUCAGGGAGCCCCGGCGGGGACCGGGGCUUCGCUCGGGGCGAGAAGGCCGGCGACAAGGCCCGCGGGGCUGUUGCGCUUCUCCAUGGCCUCGGCAGCUUUCGGAGUGGCGAACUGUACGGCGAGACGAGCCCGAGCAGCUCCGACACCGGACCCGGCAGGUUCGACAGAGACCUGCGGAAGAUCGACGAAGACCGGGACUCCGUGCCUGGAUCGACCUCGGCUCGCGGACCCGCCGCCGAGCACCUCGAGGCCCCUGAGAAGAAAGAAGGAGGUCAAGAACGGCGAGAACACGAAGGAGGCGGUCGUGGUGGCCCGACGUCGGACGAUUCGCCGGGGUUUGCGGGUCAGGAGUCUCCGGCUUGGCACGGGCGGAUGGAGGCGGACGUCGAGGCCUUGCAGCAGGCGCGGCGGGGCGAGGGAACGACUGGGCGCGGGAAGUUGUUUCUGGACUACAUAAAGCAUCGCCCCGAGACGACUGGGGAAGAGUCGGCGGACAUGGAGCGGCAGGCGACACUUGCGAAGGAACUUUUUGGCCGCCGAGACAGUACAGAGGUCCAGGACUUUCGGCGAUACAUGCGCGAGACGCACCACCGACACAUGCGGCACGCAGAGCGCAUGCGCCGAGCUCGAGAGCGGUCCCGAGAGCGUCUCACGACUUCUGUGGCCUUCUGCACCCUCUCGCAGUACCAAGCGGCCGCGGACAGCUCGCCCUGGGCGCCACGGCGAUUCAACACAGGCUCCUCGCUCGACUCGCUGAGCUCCUUAGCAGCGCCGAGCCCCGCAGGGACCCCCUGGGCGCUCGAGCGCAACGCCUCCCAAGAGUCUGUGUUGCCGCACCUGCGGAGUCCGGCGUACUCGGACUACCACCUGUUUCGGGCGCAGGCGAGCCUAAAGAAGCUGGGCGCCGGGGACAACAAGCGACGGGGACGCCUGCGGCUACCCUGGAUGGCUGCAGCCUGGCCCGACGCCCCAAACAAGCCCCAGGAAGGCGAGGCGCGCACCCUCGAGGCCGGGACCCUCGAGUCGGGCCUCUUCAGCGCGGCGCAGACCUCGGAGCCUGAACGGAAGUCGUUCUUCGGCUGGAAGAAGAAGGAUACACGAGACGCGGGCCGCGCCGGAAAAGAACCCUUCGCGUCCGACCUACGCGGAGACAGAAACCCCCUCUAUCGCGCGUCUUCCUCGCCGCUUGGCUUCAACCCCCCUGUGCAUGCAAAGACCGGAGUCGAGGGAUCGGGGGGCGUAGGGACCGGGCCGGCAACGCCGUCGUCAAGUCGGCUCCCCUGGAGGCGCAGCGGCACGGUUUCGGGAGAGGGUCACCUGGGCGGCAAACAGGCGGGACCUGCGUGGCUGCUGUCUAAGGGCAAGAGUCUCGAGGGCGGGUGGCUCUUGAAGAGCAACUCAUCCCAGACGGAAGUUCGCCAGCCCCUCGGCUCCGCGCCGGUCUCCCAGGAGGAAGGUAAGGACGCCGAUGCCCCCGCGAUGGUUGCGAAAGACAAAGGCUUUCUCCCGGCGCCUGUCGGGGACCAGGGGCCUCACGCCCCAGGAUCUGCUUCGUCGGGGUCUUUCUCAGGGGCCGUCAAGGGCUCUGGGGCUUCGGGAGGCACGCCGCGGUCGGGCCAAGAGGUGGGGCCGGUCGCCUCACUUUCGCCCCAGGGGCGAGAGUCGUGGGGCGAGGGAUCUGGAGACAGGGGCGACAGAGACAGGCCGGGAGGGCGAGGGCGCGAUGCGACGACGGAGCGCCAGUCGAGUGCGUUCGCGUCUUUGGCUUUUCUAGAGGGCAGGGGUGCAGACGACACUGCUAAGAAGAAGAAGAACUUUGGGUUCUUCCGUCGACUGUUCCACCAGAAUCCGUUCGGACACGGGAGUCGCCGAACCACAACGGACGAGGGGCCUCACGAGGGCGACCGCGAGCCUGAGGGCGGCUUCGGCGCGAGAGCGCAGGCCCCGGGGCCGCGAGACCCGAGCCUUCAGGAAACGGAGGCUUGGCCGCCCCGGCUGUCGGAAUCUCGAGAGGAAGGAGAGAGCGCAGAGACGGGUGCGAGGACAAAGCCUGGGGGCGCCUCGCGACCCCAUAACGGCAUUCUCGCGUCCUGUGCAUGCUGCUGCGCCGCGAACGUCGACGCGCGACCGGUCGGACCCCACGGGGCUUCAGAGACCCGAGAGGGCCCUAGUGACAUGCUCAGUCGCGGCUUCAUCCGCGCGUUUAGCCAGAAGGGCGGAGACCGCGGGGCUUCGUGGGGGCGCGAGAAGCGCGAGGCCGAGGAGAGGCCCGAGGACGCGGCGGUCUUUCAGCUGCCGCCCUCCGUUUGUUUCGCAGCCGACUCCGCGUCGCAGCUCUCCGCGUCGCAGCUCUCCGCGUCGCAGCUCUCCGCGUCGCAGCGCUCUGCGCACUGGCUCGGCGUUUGCCCCUCCACGACGGUGUCCUCGUCGGCGCUGCUGGUGCGGCGCGGGCCCCGGCAGGAACAGGGCGAGGCGUGGGCCUCGAGCCCCGCGAGUCCGACGUCGUUCGGGGGCCCCACGGAGGACGCAGGGCUUGCGGGUCCUGGACGGGGAGACCUGGCGAAGAGCAAAGAGAAACCGGAGAAGAGACACCGCCUUCUGGUGGGGCUGCGGAGACACAAAAAGGCCGGCGCGAAGGCGGAGACGCGGGCGUCUGCGCUCGCAGGGACGGGCGACAGCUCGCUCUCGAUGGAGCACUCGUCGACUCCGGGUGAGGGGUCUUCUGGCGGCGCGGCUUCUGGCGGCGCGGCUUCGGACAAAGCCAGACAGCCUGUCCCACUCCACGUCUUCCCCGCGUCCCCAGUUUUCUCUGCAGCCGGGUGCCUGGUGCAUCCACCGUCGCCUGCGGGUCAACCGGCGCGGCUGCCGGGGCUCGCGGCGUCGGCCUCGCCGCUCUGGCAGGCCCUGCACCAUGUCCCGGCGGCGAGUGGGGAGCAGGACAUGGAGUAUCGGCGGCGCCUGAAGAAGGCAGACGUCUACGAGGUCGAGGAUGUGACAGACUUCCAUGUCCUUCUCACGGAAAGUGGAAAGGAGAAGGCCCGCCGGCUGCUGUGGUGUCUGAACGCGUUGCAUGGCACAGUCGAGUUCUGUCCGGUUCUCCCGCCGUUGACCUGCGUCCUCCUGCUGUACUUCGACGAAGACGUCGCGUACCUGAUUCUACACUGUCUGCUCAAGAAGGCGGUGCAGCGCGAGCGGAGUCACGAGCCUCCGUUGGUCCCGAUGAAGCGGAAGGACUUCGUUCGCUUCGUCAAGAUCGUGACCGCGACGAUUGCGCAGCGCCUCCCGCGGCUGUACAGCCACCUGCGGUCGCUGACGAUCGACUUGGCAGCGUGGGUCGCGAGAGGCGUUCAGGACGGCUUCGCUCGCAUGCUCCCCUUCGACUUCGUUUUGCGGAUCUACGGGGCCUUUCUGUUCGAGGGCGCGAACGUCUUCUACAGAUACUGUGUGGCGUUGCUGAAGCUCCUGGAGCCUUCGCUGUUGAACUGCGCGGAUCACGAGUCGGCUGAAGACGUCCUCUACAACUGCGGAGACGACCCAGCGGUCACUCUCAGCGGACUCACCAAGGCCGCGUUCAGAUACAAGCUGCGAAUCGACGAGCCCCUGCACAAGCACACCGCAGAGUUCCCGACGCCCUACCUCAUGACGACGCGCAUGAGACAGUUUCACCGCCCGCGUCUGCGCCACGAAUCUCGGAUCCUGCAACCGCAACACUGGGAAGCGAUCUGGGGCUGGGUGCCCGAGACCGACCGCAUGCUCGUCCCGACGCUGGAGUACUCGAGCGACACUCACGGGAUGAGCAUUACUGCGAUGGUGCAGCGCCUUUCGCCGUUUCUGCGCUCUCCAAUGCUUCUCGUUAUCUCGACACGAGACCACGGAAUUCUCGGCUUCUUCAGUCCUUUUGCGUUCCGCUACGACGCGAAAGCGGCCGCCCAUGACGCACCGCUUGAUGUUUCCUUCGUGUACCAGCUGCAGCCCCAAGAGCAAGCGUACUGGUGGACCGGCGCGAAUCAACUGUUUAUGAGUGUCACUCACAAACACAUCAUCAUCGGUGGAAAUGACAUCGCCAUCUACAUCGACGAAGACCUGAGGAAAGGGCAGAGCAAACAGUGCGCUUCUUUUGGAUCCGCGAAACUCGUGGCGGACGAGAUGGGAGAUUUUCUCAUUUCUCUGAUUGAAGUCUGGAUUUUGCAAACGGAAUAGAUUCGCUUCUUCGUUCACGUCAGCGUUGGCCGCUUCGCUUCCACAGGGCUGCUCUCUUGCCUCUGCGUCUGCGGCUCCGACAGUCGACCGUGGCGCCUCAAGCGAAGUACAAGAGUACGGGAGAGAGAGCAGAUCGGGGAGAAACGCGAGGAAGAGAAGAACGAGAGAGAGAAGAAAGCAAGGGAGCAGGAGGAGAGAAGUGCAGCAGGAUGAGGAAGGAAGAACGAGACAGGCGAGAAGGUCGGAGGAAAGAAGAGAGAAGUAGGAGACGAGAAGAAAUAAAGAGGGGAUAGGAACGGCGGGGGAACACUCUGGAAUGUUGUGCGUCGACAUUUCGUCGAAGAGUAGCGAGAGGCUCUGUGGCUUCCAGGAAAGACGAAGAGCGCGAGGCUGCUGCAGUGACGUUCUCGUUUUUUUUCUCCUCUUCUUGCCGAAGAAAGAUCAAGAUGCAUGAUAGAAAGCAGAGCUUUCUAGAAGGGGAGUUUUUCAGGAACCCUGAGGACAGACGCGUGGAUCGCGAGGCUCUGGCGAGACGCCGCCGCCCAGAGACGCGGAGGCCUUCCCUCAGAAAAAAACAUUCAGAUCGCUUCAAAGGAAGCAGAAAAGCCGGAGGCAGAAGCAGCGAGAGGGUGGACAGGAAGGACAACUUAGGAAAGAUCAGAGAAAAGAUGCUUUCCUGGGGAUACUGCUCUUCCUGCACUCCUCGUGUCAGGAGAACUCGAAUGAGAAAAAGGAACUCGAAAAACGAAUGAAAAGGUGAAUGAGGAGACCACUGAAAAGAGGCACGCAGAGAGACGUUGAAAGUUCGGCGUCUUCCCCAGAAAAGAGUCGCGGGGGUGGCUGGGGGGGCAAGAAGAGGGAGGCUGAGAGCACAAGAGAUUCUUGUCGAUGGAUAAGAUGUUUGGGGAGAAAAGAGAAGGAAAGCUACGCGGCUUCACCAGGCGUUGUUUUCCUCCCCUCUUUGUGCGAGUCUCAGAGGGCUCCCGUUUGCCGUUUUGCACAGCUUGUCUCGCAGGACCGACCCUGUGGCCGUGUGUCGCGAGAAACAAGAGUACAGCAUGCGCUGCCCAGCACUCCGCAGUCUCAUCUCAGGGAAACGUAAUCGGAAUGUGACAGAAAGUGUGAGCAAAGCC